AUGCGUCUAUUCGCUACCUUCGAUGACGCCGAAAACCUCAUUUCUGACGUCGAACUUCACUGGACUUCUCGCAAUUUCGAAGACUAUAAUUCUAAAGCGCGCAGGUUUCCUUACAUAUGGAAGCUUAGAAAUAUCAAACGCCUAGAGACGACGACAGAUCCUGAGAAGUCCAAUUUGCCUGCGGAUUUGAUACUCGUUGAUUUUUCGAAACUUACCGUAUCGACACGAGAUUUGCAAAGUUUUAGUAUACUUUCGUCGCAAGUGAGUAGACAUCCGUCUCCCAGAAAUUUAAAAUCGAAGAUAUUUGUUGAUUUGGAGUAUCCAUCAUCUUAG